UCUGGGCUGGCAUACGAAAAAGAAUGUGACCGACUUCUGUCACAUGUGUUAUGUUACGUGAGAUUUGUUUCUCGAUGUUAAUGAACUUUUUUAAGUAGGAUUAGACAGAUGAAGUCUGAGCUUCCACGUUACAGCCCAAUGUUCAUAUGGAUUUGUUGAAGCCAGUUAGUGAAAGGUGUCAUCGGUGUCAUAUUGAGCUGUUGCAGUCUGUGGUUAUGGUGUUAGAUCCUGAAGUGUAAACGAGCUCUAUGCUUUAAAUCUUAUGGGAUUGAUCAUGUUUGAAUUGAUGUUGGACCCAAAUGUAUGAUGUAGAAGUAAAAGAGCCUGAAAAAUGCAGCCAAGGAUAUUGGAAAUAUGUGGAAAUUUAAAUUCACUUGCCACCAGGUGAUCGACAAAGGAGCCACAACUUAAGAUAUUGUAAUAUGUAUAGCUACUGUCAGUCAUCCCAACAAGUUGACUUAGCGCUCAGUCAUUUUCCAUGGUCUAUUAGAUCCUCAUUCAGUCAAAAGCCUAAAACUCAUGUUUGAAGCAAACAUUUAGUGGAAUACAAAUGUGUGGAGAUAAGUAUUUUCCCAUUACUGCUACCAGAUGCCUUACUAUAUCAUCACCCAUAUGAUAAAGCAUCAGGAAAUUUAUCCCACCUGAGGAGUAAUGCGGUUGGUUGCAGUAAUUCCAUCAUUACGGUUUUUCAUCAUGAACAUUUCAGUGUCCUUCUUAGAAAAGAGCACUAAAGAUCCCCAGGGCCACCCUUGAGCCAAUGCUGGAUUUCACCCUGACAGAAGAGGGACUUCCACCAACGUUCUUCUCCAUCCUUAUCUUCAAGACGUACGCUCAUCCAGCUUCACUACUUCAGUGCUUCUUAUGCUGCUAGCCUGCUUCACAUCUUUUCUUGGUUCACUGGCGAGUUGGAUCACUUCAGUUGCUGUGACACACCUACAGUCACUCACCACGGGAUUAUGGCUAGACGGAACGAGGAUCGCUGCGUCCAACACGAUUGAAUCGCUGAUGGAACAGGACUUUGAUCUCGUCAUCAACGACGUCUCCUAUCGCGUAACGACUCGCGAACGCGUUUCCAGGGAAGAGAUGGAACGACUUUCAGACGUGCAGAAUUUAGUGAUGCAAUUGUACGAGGCCCUGCACGUCGGCGAACACCAACUGAAGAAGGAACGACAUUUGAUGGCCCAGCUGGAACAACUUCAAUCGCACCUUCUUCCCUUGGAACAAAAGAAGAAUUUAGUGAUGGCCGGAGCCGAGCGGAGGACGACAACCUUCACUUGGGUCGGACUGGCUCUCAUGGGCGUCCAAUUCGGAGCUCUGGCCCGUCUCACAUGGUGGGAAUACAGCUGGGACAUUAUGGAGCCCAUCACAUACUUUGUCACCUACGGAACGUCCAUAGCUUGCUUCGCCUAUUACGUCCUCACUAAGCAGGAGUACAUUCUGCCCGAAGUUCGUGACCGCGAGUAUUUGCUGCAGUUCCAUAAGAGAGCCAAGAAGGUGGGCAUGAACGUGGCCGAGUACAAUCGACUCCAGGAGAGCCUCGCCCAGGUUGAAAACGAUUUGAAGCGUCUGCGGGAUCCCCUGCGCGUUCACCAUCCGCCGGCAGGCGCCAAACUCUUCGAUCCAUCGGCCGCCAGCCUGGGCUCCUCUUCCGACCUCGUGUCGACGAGCCUCUGGAAUCGAACUCAACUCCGUCUACAAAAUCUUCUACGGACUUCCAAACAACCUUAACAUUUUCAAUCAGAACAAAAACGAACAAAACGAAAAAUGAGAAAACCAAAAUCAUGACGCAACAAAACAAUUACAGGUUCAUAACCCUUCGAUUAGGUGCAAAUAAGCGCAGCCGCCAUGACAGUGCACAACCAUUUGUCAUUUAUAUAAUGAAACAGUUGAAAAACAAAACAAAAAAAAGUAUUCAUAUAGUCUAACAUUUUCUUAACAUCACUCACAUAUUUUUUCUCCUCCCCCAACUUGAUAUUUAACAGCCGCAAAAAUUAACGUUUAAAUUAGUUUUCUUAUUUAGGCAUUUACAAUAUUGUAAACUUCCUGCCAGGUAAAACAUUAACGAGAUUUUUGUUUGCAAGUGAGCGUGUGUACUUAUUAUAUAUUAUACAGUUUAACCCCCCUCCCUCCCUAAUCUUUUACUUAACGCAGUAUUGUUAAUCAUGUUCAUUAGCGUUUAUGUAGGUGCUGAACUGUGCUGAACAUUGUUCUUUCUACUACAUUUCUCUCUUAACAAAAACAAGAAAAUUCGUUUUUGAUUCAGCUCCUUUUUCGGUAGAGUCGAUUUGUCAUUGCUCCUCCUCCUUCCAUACCGAAAUAAUGAUUGUUAUUAUUAUUACUUACUAACUAUAUUAUACCUUUCAACUUCUUCCUUCUUUCUCUUCUUUUUUUGACGAUUAUAAUUCAGCUGUGAUACACAAUCCAUGAAUGAUGA